AUGAAAUAAGCUAUUCUAGCAAUUUUAUUUUUUGGAUUGUGUGUUCAUGCAUAGAUGGAAAGACAUACAUUAUAAGGAGCAUUGAGUUUACUUGAAAAGGCUGAAAAUAAUCUAAUUGUUUAUGAUUAACAAGAACCAAGAUUAUAUACUUGGUUUUGUUCAUUAAGAGAUGUUGUUACAAGACUAUUCCAUCCAAUAACAGAAAAUAAACUAGCAAGUCAUAAUGCAUUCUUUGGAUCAAUUCCAGCUGUUAUUUUCAUGGCUGGAUUUAUGCCUAUGAUCCUAUUAGUCGUUUUUAGUUAUUGCAUGUUCAAAUUCAUUACAUAUGAACCAAAGAAGAUGGAGUUUAAAUAUACCAAAUUGCCAAUUAAAGAUAUUCCAAAGCCUUAGAUUAAUCAACUCUAAUUUCCACCAGUUAGUAUAUUCAGUUUUAUAUGA